AUAGGAAGUACGAACGCGUAGUAAUCCGAUUAUGAACGCGUAGUAAUCCGAAAAUGUUUAAUAAUUUUCCCCACAAAACUACACGAUUCCAUUCUUUACUCUCUCCGUUCUUUACUCUCUCCGUCAAGGCUUGAAUUUCGCACCGUUUCGGUGAAUCUUGCGCGCCAAGCAGGUACGCUGACACUGAGCUCUCGUAAUUCUAGAGAGAGAAACAGAGAGAGAGAGCGAUCAUGGCGGCAUUGAGAAGACUCGCGAGGACAGUUCAGACGUGUCGUGUUCUUGCUUCUUCCAAAACCCUAACCCCUGCUCAGCGCCAACCCUAUCACCGAUCCUUUGAGCACCAUAUCCAUAACUAUGCACCUGAAGGUCAGCGGCUGAGAUCAGUGACUCCGGUUAUCUUGGCUGGAUUGUUUGGAGCUGGACUACUACAAAUAGCCCAUGCAGAUGCUGAUGAGGCUCCUCCAAAAACUGCUUUGCCAUCAGAAUCUCCUUCUAGUCAUGGGGACUUGGAGGAAAUUGCAAGGAAAGAGAGACAGCGGUUAGAGGAAUUACUCAAAAGCAAAGGAAUGCUAUAUGGUUCUUAUCCUCGGUUUACUGUUGCUGUUAAGGGCCAAAAGAUCACGAUCAAAUUCCAAAUUCCUCCGACCUGUGAAAUUCCACUCUUGAUUGCAAACCUUGUUUCAAGCCUUGGACUGAAGGUUGAAGACCGUGGUACUGGAUCAGACAUGGUGUUGCGGGCUUGGGAUAGUGCAGUUGCUUGGCAACUAACACUUAGUCGUCCAGAAAAACAAAAAGAAACUAGUGGGGUUCAGGGGCAUCCAGAUGAUACAAAUGCACUUGACGGAGAUUUAUGCAUUCUCAUGUUUCGUUCACUCAUUAGCACUGACAAAGCGGAAAUUGAGUUCAUAAAGCGGGGGAGCUUUAGUUCCAAGGAGCUUGAUGCUUUGGUAUCUGUGUUACAAUUAGCAAGACAAAAUAGAACCUUGGAAACAAAACCAAGGGGGGAUACUACACAGAAGCCAUCUUCAGAAAAAUCAGUUUCUAGUCUAGAGGCCAUGGGAGUGAGAAUCUAUGGACUUAAUGAGCCCAAUCUCGGUCAUUCACAGACUGAGAUAUCAUGGGACAAUAUUGCUGGAUAUAAUCAGCAAAAACGGGACAUUGAAGACACAAUAUUGUUAGCUCUUCAAAGUCCUGAAGUGUAUGAUGACAUUGCUCGAGGAACCCGUACUAAGUUUGAGACAAAUAGACCGCGAGCAGUGCUCUUUGAAGGUCCACCAGGUACUGGGAAGACAUCUUGUGCUCGUGUAAUAGCUAAUCAAGCGGGUGUUCCAUUGCUUUAUGUGCCAUUGGAGAUUGUUAUGUCAAAGUAUUACGGUGAAAGCGAACGAUUGUUAGGAAAAGUGUUUUCCCUCGCCAAUGAGAUCCCUAAUGGCGCUAUUAUUUUUCUAGAUGAGGUUGAUUCUUUUGCUGUUGCUCGUGACAAUGAAAUGCAUGAAGCUACACGUAGAAUCUUAUCAGUGUUAUUACGGCAGAUUGAUGGAUUUGAGCAGGAGAAAAAAGUGGUGGUCAUUGCUGCAACCAACAGAAAGCAAGACCUUGAUCCUGCUUUGAUUAGUCGGUUUGAUUCUAUGAUCACCUUUGGCUUACCAGAUCAGCAGACCCGUCAGGAAAUAGCAGCUCAGUAUGCAAAGCACUUGGCAAAAUCUGAUUUAGCUGCAUUUGCCAAGGUUACUGAUGAAAUGUCUGGAAGGGACAUCAGGGACGCCUGUCAGCAAGCAGAGCGACGCUGGGCAUCUAAGAUCAUUCGAGGCCAAGCAAAUAAAGAUGCAGAAAAUGGGUCGCUUCCACCUCUCCAAGAAUACAUUGAGAGUGCUAUGGACCGGCGUAGGGCUUUACUUGGUAUUGCGGAUCAAAGUAGCCCAGAUCCUUCUGCCAAGAAACCGCAGUUAGACUUCGUCUAAGGCACUUUUGGAAGGUCAAAAAGGAUGCGUCAGUGACUUGUUCACUUUGGUUUGUUCCCAUGUCAUCUCUUCGAGCAAGAUGUACCAAUGUAGUUAGUGAUGUUGAACCAAUCAUGGAUGAUAUUAGAUAUUUACAUAUAACACAGUGCGAUAUAUAUAUACUCUUUUACCUGUAAAGACAAAACUGGCAGAUUAAUUUUGUUCAUAUUAUUUUGAUUAAUAGAACUAUGCUAAUUGGGUUUUCAA